AUGCCCGAUUGUUGGAAAAUGGCGGAUAUUAUUCCAUUACCUAAAUGUAAAAAUCCUCAGACGCUAAAUGAUUUAAGGCCAAUAUCAAUUUUGCCAGUUUUUUCCAAAAUUUUAGAAAAGUUAGUUGCAAAACAGCUAAUCGAGUAUUUAAAAGAAAAUAAAAUACUACCAUCUAUGCAGUCGGGAUUUCGAAAACAUUACAGUACUGCGACGGCGUUACUAAAAGUCAGUAGUGAUAUAGCUUCGGUUAAUGAUAAAUCUCUUUCUUGCAUUCUGGUGUUAUUAGAUCAAAGCAAGGCGUUCGAUUUGGUGAGUGACGAACUCUUAUUGGCCAAGUUAUCUUACAUCGGUUUAGAUCAACUCACCCUACAUUGGUUUCAAAGUUAUUUGUGUGGUCGUAGGCAAAGGGUGAAAGUUGAUCAGGACAAUAUCUCUGACUUUAUGCUAAUAAAAAGAGGUGUACCACAGGGCCAACAUAGUACUGACUGGGGCAGUACUGGUUACCUGGCAUCGGUAUUUGCAGGCGAAGUAUAUCUAUGGUCCUCCCAAAAGAACGACCCUAAGAGGGUUACAAACACAGGAGGCAAGGUGGGAAAGUGUAUACGUUGGAAUAAGAACGGAACGGCGCUUGCUAUGGCGUACGAGCUAAAGGGACUCGCCAUAUUCAAUUCUGUCAAAAAUAAGAUCGUGUACGAAGAGACAUGCAACUGUCUUUCGGCGUGUUGCAUCACAGCGAUGGAGUGGACAACAUCGAAUAUGCUGAUAACCGGAUGUAAACUGGGUAGGGUGGUCGUAUGGGAUGAACAACUGAGGUACGAGACCGAUCGCUUUUGGUCCCACGACGGAAUGAUAAUCGAAAUGCGACUCUCAUGCGAUGAGAAGUACUUAGUUACAAGCGGCGAAGAUAAUAAUGUGCGAAUAUGGUUUUGGCCUCAGUUAAGGGAACACUUCCAGGUCAGCUAUACGGCUCCAGUGAGGGGAAUCGCAUGGCACCCUUGGAAUUAUUCGCUACUAGCAAUAGGCGGAGGUGUCGGACAAGGCUGUGUGACCAUUUGGAACGCGUCCAGCAUGCAACAGAAAGGCAGAAAAUCUCCAAAAGAAAACAACGCCUUCGCGGUCGAUAGUUUGGCGUGGAACCCCCUAACGGGAGAACUAGUGGUGAGUUAUUGGCACCGAAGGACAAAUAACGAUGGCGUGCCUAGGAGCUCGAUUAUUGUUCUAUCAAACUUGACUACUGAGGUGGAUGAAAUCGAAUGGCACGUCGGGCGAGUGCUGUACCUUCUAUGGGGAAACGGAGGAGCGACCUUAGCAACGGCUGCGACCGAUGAAAAUCUAUGCAUGUGGAAUUUUUUCGGAAACUCUCCAGAUACCCUGAAGAAACUUAAGAAGAAAAAAAGAGAUUUGUGUAGCAGUGGUAACUAUAUGUUCGAAACGGCAAAGAUUUUUGGCCAAUGUAUUCGAUGAUUCUUUUAAAAUUUAUUGUUAUUAUCUUUUAACUCAUGUACCUGCAGUUUUUAUUAAAAAUUAUGUGAUUCUUUUAA